CUCCAAUAUUAUUUUUCUAUAAAUGGGGAAAAAAACAUAGGAACACAAAGUGCCUUGUGUAUUUAGUACAGUAUUAUAUUUGUGUGUGUGUGAUUUGAGAGCUCCAAAAAUCCCACCGAAAGCCUGUUUCUGGAGUAAGGUUUUUGUCCCCUUUUAAAAGUAGUAGUACUGUAGUAGAAUUGGUAACAACAACAAUUAUUUAUACCACACCCCCCUGGCUGGGUUGCUUUGUGUCCUCACGGAGCUAUAUAUAAAGGAUUAUCGAAAUAUCUAAAACCUCAUUCCAAAGUUAGAGGGCAGCCUUUUCACCCACAAAUAAAACUGAUGCAACCAGCAAGAUGUGCACACAUCUAGGCGCACCAGAAAUCCUGAUCUAUAAUGUCACCGGUGAGAGGGUGUGCUAUCGCCCUCGUAUUCUCAAGAACAAACGACUCAGUUAAAACCCUUUUUGUAAAGCCCGAAAGGUGGGAGGGCCAAAAGAAAAGCAAACAUCCUGACGUGGGAAUAUCCCUUCCUGUCCUGCACCCAGCCACCCCCAGUCCGGCCCACGUGGCACCUGGGUGGCUUGUCCGUCCCAGCUGUCCAGUAAGACUUGAUCGCAAAGGUUCUGACUGGAAGGCGGCGGGGCGGAGGGGGGAGCUGCAUCCUUCGCUCUUGGAGGCCGAGAAGAAACAAGGUGAAGUACAGCAAUGAAGCCUCUGCUGUGCAUGCCUCAUCUGUGCAGGAACUCACUUGAGCAUAAUAGCUGACACUGAGCUCUGUUCCCUGCCCCGUGGCUUCCAUUAUCAUUAUGGCAUCACCCUACAACUACAGCUUUAAUGUGAAUGGCAGACCGUUUUUGCCCAGGGGCAACACCAGCAUGAGGAAUGAUGGACAUGUGCAAGAACUUUUUCACGAAGAAGCACAACAGAGUUCUCCGACACACAACAGACCUUGGUGGAAGAUACAUCUUUUUGUUUGGGAACCAGUGCUCUUUGGCACUUGGGACGGAGUCUUUACCUCUUGUAUGAUCAAUAUCUUUGGAGUAGUUCUCUUUCUGAGGACAGGGUGGCUGGUGGGAAACACCGGUAUUUUAAUGGGCAUGUUUUUGGUGUCCAUUGUCAUCCUGGUGGCCUUAGUAACGGUCUUGUCUGGCAUUGGGGUUUGUGAACGCUGCAGCAUUGGAAGUGGCGGAGUCUACUCAAUGAUUUCUACUGUCCUUGGAGGUCAAGUUGGGGGGACCAUUGGCCUCCUCUAUAUUUUUGGUCAGUGUGUUGCAGGUGCUAUGUACAUUACUGGAUUUUCUGAAAGUAUCUCUGAACUCCUGGGCUUCAGUAACAUUUGGGCCAUAAGGGGCAUCUCACUUGCUGUGCUGCUGGGUUUGCUUGGAAUUAACCUUGCCGGUGUGAAAUGGAUAAUCCGUCUCCAGCUGCUGCUUCUCUUCCUACUGGCUGUUUCCACGCUGGAUUUUGUCAUUGGAUCUUUCACACACCUAGAUCCAGAACAUGGUUUCGUUGGUUAUUCAGAGGAGCUAAUGUUGAAUAACACGCUGCCGAACUACAGUCCGGGGGAGUCUUUCUUCACUGUGUUUGGAGUGUUCUUCCCAGCUGCUACAGGUGUGAUGGCUGGGUUCAAUAUGAGUGGUGAUCUCAGGAAGCCUGCAACAGAUAUCCCUCUAGGAUCCCUAUCUGCUAUAGGUGUUUCGUGGUUUCUAUACAUAGUAUUUGUUUUUUUGUUGGGAGCCACUUGUACCCGGGUAUCACUGCGCUAUGAUUUUAUGAUGGCAGAAAAGGUGUCCUUGGUGGGCUUCUUAUUCUUACUUGGUUUGUACAUUUCAUCUUUAGCAUCCUGCAUGGGAGGUCUGUAUGGAGCACCCCGAAUCCUUCAGUGCAUCGCCCAAGAAAAUGUGAUACCAAUACUUGCAUUUCUUGGACGGGGGAAAGGACCAAACAAAACCCCGGUGGCUGCAAUCUGCUUAACAAGCCUCAUCACCAUGGCCUUCGUUUUCAUUGGCCAAGUGAAUGUCCUCGCUCCAAUUGUCACCAUAAACUUCAUGCUUACCUAUAUUGUCGUGGAUUACUCCUAUUUCUCUGUCUCCAUGAGCUACAGACUUCAGCAGAGCUCCAAAAGGAUACUGAGAGAGGAUUCCAAGGUCGGGCUCAGCUGUUCUCGGCCUUUAAUACUGGACAAGCCAUCCUGUUAUGGAUCAGGUGGAAUAAUGCAAGGCCGAUCCGAUGGCACCUUGCUAGAAUUCACAAAAGACAUGGAUCAUAUUUUUAGGCCUCCCAGCCAAGACCCAGGGGCCAAUCUUGAGGGAAAAGAAAAGGACAUGGGUGUUAGCCAAAUGGCCAAGCCCAGGAAGCAGAAGAAGGCAGUCAAACAAACGUUACAAGACAGCUUUCUCUUGGAUCUUGGCAAUAACAUUGCCUCUACCCAGGAUCUUUGCAGUGGUGACCUGGAAUCCAGUGACAAAAGUAUGCAGAGCUUUUCAGAGCUGAAUCACCAGGACGAAGAGAGUUCUGCUGCUGUAGGACCCAAGCGGAAGCAAGACCAAGACAGAGGCCAGCAUUUUGAAGAGAGGCAGAAAACUGCCAGUCACCAAGUGGAAGAUUUAAAUGUAAAACAACAAAGCCAAGAAUUAGAAAUUCAGAAAAUGCCAGCGUCUUUCUACUCCAGACUCUGUGACCGUUGGGUUUCCCUUGUUGGUGCAAUAGGAUCACUUGCAAUUAUGUUUGUUAUUCAGUGGAUCUACACUCUUGUUAAUUUGGGAUUAGCAAUUAUUCUAUAUUUCUACAUUGGUCAAGUGAGUCCAGGGUUACCACCUGGUGUAGCCGCCAACUUCAGCUUUUUCCAAUGGAUAAAACAACUUUUACUUAAUGCCUGCAGGGGAAAGCCAUCCCCGGAGGAGCGAUUUGUUGUGACACCGUCCCUUGCAACAGUUGGCAUGGAGACCACUCAGCUCACAGAAGAGAAUACAGAUUUUGCCUCCCGGGACCGCUACCACCAUUCCUCUCUUAUCACCAGAGAAGAGUUUGUUAAUCGGUUCCAAUGAGAAAGCAACAUGCCCAUUCAAUCUGCCAGCCAAUUAAAAACACUGGCCACAGACACACCACUUGAUUAAAAGGCUUUCCCUUUUAGAACCGAUUUUAAUGAAUACUGAAACUUCCAAUUAAAGGAGGGAGUCGGGGGGGGGAGUUUUAAAGCAUUGGCUUCCAAACUCUGUUCUGUUCUCUUCUAUUCCGCCCCCCCCAAAAAGGAGUUUUGCAGCUUUCCCAGAACAUUGGGGGUAUUUGUGUCCGAUAACUCCACAGUUCAUAUUUUUUCUUUAAAAAAUACAGUUUUAUAAAGUUUUCUGGUUUUGUUGUAGACUGUUUAUAUGACACACUUAAUUCUAAUAUGUCCAUAUCUUAGCAUGUAAUUCAGAAAACCAUAGGUACAGGAUACCAGAAGAAUGAAAAAGGGAAGCAACAGUAGUCUUCAGUAUAGGUAGACUCAGCAGGUGAGUUGCUAGACAACUGAGCUUUGGAGACACAGUUUUGUCAAACUUUAGCUGCCCAGAAAGAACCAAUGCUAAAUCUAUAUGUAGUGCCCCUUACCCAUUGUAGUGUGAAACAGACAGCCCCGUAUCAGACACGUUCUAUGCAGCAACUGAGAAUUUUUUAAAAAAAUUAAACCAUCAGAGCUUAAAAUGAGGAUUGCGUGUUGUGAUCGGGCACAGAAAUUAACUCAGAAUUAACAAUAAGCUGCAUGCAGACAAGUGAGCAGGCUGGCAGGAGUGCUCCCUAACCUUUCUCUGGAUCAAGCAUAGAAACCAAGCAGGCCCACCUGAGGAAGGAAGUCCCCCAUCUCCACAUUCUGUAUAGAAGUGCAGUGGGGUGUUAGAGGAGGAUGGAGCUCCAUUUCUGCCAGCUACCAGAACAUUGUUGUACUUUUGUAUGCGCAUUUACAAGGCUGACUUAGAAACCCUCUUGACAAUUUUUUAUUUAACCUGGCUGAGUGCUUCUGACCCUUAAGUCUCUACCCCACCCCCAGCUACUGUGUCUAUCUACCGUUUUUAUCUACUGUUUUAAUGAUACCUGAUGGUUGUGUGGAAGACAGGUCAUCAAGAGGAAUCAUGUGUUACAUGGACUCAGACUGGAGCAGUACCAGAAUUCGGUAUCAUGGUGCUUAGGGUGGACAACAUGAAACAUGCCCCCGCCGCCAAACCAACCUCUUAUUUUAUGAUGUGAAAAAUUAACAGCAGUUGUAAUAAAACGUUAAACAGCAAA